GGCGGCCGCGACUCCGCGCCGCUUCCUGCCGCCGCCCUUAAAGGUGCGGGGCGGCCCAGGGCGCGGGUGGGGCGUGAUUUGACCCGCGGAGCCAGGAUGAUCCAGCGGCACCAGCUGGUGCAGUCUGUGCUGCAGGAGCUACAGGAAGCCACUGAAUGCUUUGGCCUGGAGGGUCUCACCAGUGCUGCACUGGAGGCAGAGAGGACCCUGUCAUCUUUCUCCCUGCCCGGCUAUUGUGGGAGUCAGUUCCAAGAGGAGCUAGAGGUUGACCGGGUAGCCAGGAGCCUCUAUCCUGAGGAUGCCCCAAGUAACAUGCUGCCUCUGGUUUGCAAAGGUGAGGGAAACCGCCUCUUUGAGGCCGCCAGCGUGCUGCUCUGGGGCAACCCCAGCCUCAGCCUGGAGCUGCAGGUGCGUACCGUCGUGGAGAUGCUGCUGCACAAGCAGUACUACUUGAAUGGCAUGAUUGAUUCCAAAGUAAUGCUGCAGGCUGCCCGCUACUCCCUCUGCACUGAAGAGACCCCGGAGAUGACCAGCCUUCCCAUGACUAUCCUGGAGGCCAUCUUUGAUGCUGAUAUCAAAGCUACCUGUUUCCCUGGCACCUUUGCCAACAUGUGGCAUGUCUAUGCUCUUGCCUCAGUACUGCAGUGUAACAUCUACUCUAUCUAUCCCAUGAGCAACUUGAAGAUCCGCCCCUAUUUCAACCGGCUCAUCCGGCCCAGAAAGUGUGGCCCGCAAACCUCCACACUCCACAUCAUGUGGUCAGGGCAGCAGCUCUCCCGGCAGGUCUUCAAAGCGCAGUACUUUGUGGCUGUGGUUGGCCUGGAGGAAUUAGAACCCACAGCACCUUCACCAGAGCCUCCUGUCCAGCCCAUGAAGACCCUUGAGCUGCUGAACAGUGACCCCCAGCUGACCUAUUCUAACCUGCGUGACCGGUACAGCAUUACCAAGAGCACCUUCUACCGCUGGAAGCGCCAGUCUCGUGAACACCGGCAGAAAGCGGCUGCCAGGUUUGCAGCAAAACACUUCCUCCAGUCCUGCUUUCAGGCGGGCAAUAUAAUCCCCCUCCAGCACUUUCGACAAAUGUUUCCAGAAAUCUCCCGAUCCACAUACUAUGCCUGGAAGCAUGAGAUGCAGAGCGUGGUCAAUGGUGAUGCUUCUGCUCUGCCUGAGGCUCACAGGUUGCAGGAGCUUCACAGGGAUGUCCCAAAAAAGGCUGAUGUGAAUGAGCCAGCUAAUUCACGGGGGAGCUUAAGAUCCCCAAGUCCUUCCCUAGAUCCCAUCCAAGCGGGAAUCUUCAUGCAGGGAGCCAAAUCCUACCUAGAGAAAUGCAUUUCUAUGAACACUCUGGUGCCUUACAGGUGCUUCAAACGCAGCUUCCCUGGCAUCUCCAGGUCCACAUACUACAACUGGCGAAGAAAAGCAAUCAAGGAGAACCCCAACUUCAAACACCCCCAGUCACCAAUGGAUAACCAGAAAACUCUACCUACAGGAAAGCCAUUCCUGCAAUUGAAGCCAAACAGCGUGCCUGUUAGGAAGAGACGGAAUGGAGACCGGCCAGCGCUCAGGAGUCUCCUGCAGCUCAAGCCUUCUCUCUCUUGGAGAAUGCAGCUGCGAGAUGUGGCCAGGAGGCAGGUCCAGCAAUGGCAGCUGCCGUUCUGCAAGUACCGCCUGCGCUACCCAUCUCUCUCCUCCACAGCCUACUGGUUUUGGAAGGCCAGUGGCCAGGCUGUUGGGCAGCAUCACCUGCCCUGGACUAGCUCCAGCCAGCCUUUGAACCGUGUGGCUUCCCUGGUGCCUCAGAGAGUAGAGCCAGGCCUCAAGCCCCAGUGCCGAGUUGAGGGAGCCACCAAGCACAUAGAUAAGCCAGUGCCUGCCAUCCCAUGCAACACUACCAUUUCGGGCUAUGCCAUGUCAGACAGAGCCAACAGCCGCAUGUUUGUGAUGGAUGUGAUUGCCACUGCCCAGUUCAAGGCACAGGCAAAGCUGUUCCUGCAGCAGCGCUUUGAGUCGAAGAACUUCCCAACCUACAAGGAGUUCAGUGCCCGCUUCCCACUCACAGCCCGUUCCACCUAUUACAUGUGGAAGCGUGCCCUGCAUGAUGGGCUGACGCUGGUGGAUGCCUGAGUGCCAGUUGCCAGCUGGCUUGGCUACAGCUCCUCUGCUGAUGUGCCCUUUGGCUCUCUGGUGGGGUGUCCGGGCUGGGGCCUCACUCUAACUUUUGUUCUGGUUUUGUGUUAUUUUGUUCCUAGUCUCUGGCUUUAUUUUCUGUGUGGUUCAAUCAGGUAUGGGAGCAUCCUCACAGCGCCUAUUCCCAGAGACUGGAAGAAUGGAAGGAGAAGGCGCUGAGCUGCCCCGAAGGGAGAGGGGCCAGGAAGUUGUCCUCCCUUUUUUUUUGUGCUCAGAGGAUGAGCAAGGGAGGCAGUACUGUACCAGUGUCACGGGAUGCUGCUGGACCUCUUGAGAUGGAGGAUAUGAAGGUCUCUCUGCUCUGGGCAGUUGCUUGAAUGAGUAAUGUGGAGAUGCCCAGCAUGUCCUCAGUGAGCAGAGUAGUGCUGGCUCAGCUGUGGGUGAGGAAGGGCUUGGGGAGUGCUCAGCUUUAUGCAAGAAGCAUCUUUGGUCUGGGUUCUUCCCAGCUAAGGGGAAUAAAAGCUUCACUUGGGGUCAGUGCUGAUGCCACCUUGGUUUUCUGGCUCUUAAUACCUGCCUUGGAUUGUCCUGAGGAGCAGAGGUUGAUAGAGGAGAAGACUUGUCUGUGUCCCCACUGUAGUCUGUCUGUGGGGAAUGCUAAGUUCAGAAUCUGUGUCUUUUGAAGGCUCUGGAGAAGCUGUCCCUGACCUUUCAGGUCUUGUAACAAUAACCUUUCACACAAACCUUUACUUCCUCAGCUGGCAGCUGCCUUACUUUUCUAGGGUCUCUCUUUCCUGGUGCCUGGGAGAAGGCAGAGAGACUAAAACUUGUGUGCCCACUGUCCCUGCAUCCCCUGCUCUGUGCUGCAGGCAAUGUGGAUUUCUCCAUGCAGCAAGUCUGGGUGCAUAUGUCUCACUUGUAAGAAACCAAAGCAAUAAAGACUGUUCUACUCUUA